AUGCUCCCAGUGACUCCGCUGCUGGGCACCUACAGGGAUUCUUGCAGCUGCGAAUGCUGCAAAGGACAGGGUUGCUCGCCAAAGCUGGCGCUGUUCAUAGUUGCCUGGACCGCCUAUGGCUUCAGCACUCUUUGGGUAGCUGCCUGCGUCGCGGAAGAGCCCGGCGAAGUUGGUGGCAAGGUCUUGUUUCUCAUCACGCAGGGCAUCGCCAUUUCUUCGAUGGUGGGAUCUCGUAGACUUGCAGAGUUCGCCGAGGCCAAGGCAGCGGAGAGUAGCUAUCGCAUGGCUCAAUUUGGCUGCACAGGCGCUGAAAUGGUGGGAGCUACAGUCGGCUCACCCAUCGCGGUCACGCAAGAGCUGCAAGCUACCGUCGAGCGAUUACAGCAGGAGGUCCAUGACUUGCGCAAGAGACAAGUGGCGCUGGAAGAGGAAGUCUUCUCAGCUCGGAGAUCGCCCGAGCCGGCUCGGAGAUCGCCUGAGCCGGCCCUGCUGCCUGCAGAGCCCGAUAGUCCGGUGAAGGAUGAUGACACGCAAGAGCUGCUUUGA